CCCUCUGCUUUAUGCACCACACCCAUAAACCAAAACAAUGAUGUCUUCUCCUAAAUGCUUCCUAGUGUUGUUCCUGCUCGUAGUAGCAGUGAUUUUCUCCUUGACCCCCUCAUCGCUUGCUGAUGAUCACCAUGAUACUCCCGAAGGUGAACCCAAGAAACCACCUCACCAUGAUCCUCCCGAAGGUGAACCCAAUAAACCACCUCCAAAACACAAGCCCCCACAUGGUCACCUUUUAGUUGAGGAGGAAGAGGAUUUUCUUAAACGUCACAAGGGAAAUGGAGAGAAGUUCCCACCUCAUCACAAACCCCCGCAUCAUAAACCACCCCAUAAGCCUCCAACAGGAUAUAGACGCCUUUUCGCUGAGGAAGAAGUAGUUGAAGACUCACAUAAGGGCAAGGGAAAGGGAGAGAAGCCGCCGCCAAAGCACAAGCCACCCCACGGACAUCUUUUGGCUGAGGAAGAAAUAGUUGAAGACUCACAUAAGGGCAAGGGAAAGGGAGAGAAGCCACCGCCAAAGCACAAGCCACCCCACGGACAUCUUUUGGCUGAGGAAGAAAUAGUUGAAGACUCACAUAAGGGCAAGGGAAAGGGAGAGAAGCCACCGCCAAAGCACAAGCCACCCCACGGACAUCUUUUGGCUGAGGAAGAAAUAGUCGAGGAUUCACACGUGGGAAAGGGAGAGAAGUUUCCACCAAAACACAAGCCUCCGCAUCAUAAACCACCCCAUAAGCCUCCAACAGGAAGUAGACGCCUUUUCGCUGAGGAAGAAGUAGUGGAAGACUCACACAAGGGCAGGGGAAAGGGAGAGAAGUUUCCACCAAAGCACAAGCCACCCCAUAAGCCUCCACCAGCCAACUGAAUGCUCUGGCUAGCUACCUACUAGUUAGCUAGUUUUACUUAAAUAUAAAUACUUAUCAAUAAGUAACAGAAACUUCGUCCUUUAGCAUGAUAUGAACACUGAUAGAUCUUCUAUGUAAGUUUCUGAUACGUA